AUGUUACGAAAAGAUUGCAACGAGAGGCUUGAAAUUGAGAAUGGCCUCUGGAAACUCAAUUCCAUCAAAAACAUUUUCGCAAGCUUUACGACCAAAUACGCACGAAUAAAGCCACGAAUUCACGCGGAGGUGCAAGUCCUUGAGUACUUUUACAACAAUCAAAUGGCAUUUGCGGGGAAUGACCGGUAUAUUGCUUGCAGCAAGCCGGCUUGUCUAUGUUGCGAAUUGUAUUUCAAAUACCAUCCGGCUCGCAUGGUGGUUCCUGAAUCGCAUCGAAAUAUCUGGACAAAUUGGGGGCUUCCUGCCGUGGAGAAUUUUUCGAAGGCGAUUCCUGCAGGCAGACAACAGUUGGACAUUCUGAACAAAAUAAUCCACGAGCUCCGCGAGAUGGUCAUCAAACAAGCCCUUGGACAUUCUCCAGCCGGGAACUGGCAUCCCGAUUCGAGAACAGGGAUUACGGAACCUCAUUACUCUGGCCAAAGCCAAAUGCCUUGCAACCUCUUUGAAAGGAAGCCAUUUUACUUAUCCGUCGGGGCUUCCUUUGGCCAGCAAGACCAAAAGUCAGAAAGCGAUACUGAGCAAAGAUUAGUUGACUUUGAGGAAUUGGGAAAUGUGGAUGAGGACUCUGAUUUUGACGAUGGAGGUGUUCCAAUCUAUACUUGA